AUGGUCAACAUAGCGAAGCGCAUGCGAAAUUUCCAGCCUCUUUGGCGGAUACGAAACGGACAAGGAGCUGCAGUUCUCCCUCCACCACCAUCACCACAAUUAACACGUCUUCUCCUACGGUUCCCACAUGGCGAAUGGCGCAAACCUGUCCACGGACCACGGUUAUUUGCCCACGAUCACCUCAAACGGCUGAAAUACCACAAUCCCGCUUUACCCAUCAGAGUGGAAUCCUCGCCCAGAUCACAACUCGAAGUCACCUUUGAGAGUACGGACCGGACGACGUUAGAAUCGCUUGAAACAGCUACAGAGCCAGGAUCUGUGUCCGAAUCGACGAAAUUCAAACAAGAAUGGACAAAUAUCGAGUCCAAACCUCAACCGGCAGCCGACCCUAGCGCCCCUUCAACCACCUCACCACCCGUGGAGACCUUCACGAGACGUGCCAUAGUGGAUGUAGCGGGCAAGCGACCUGCGCAGAUAUGGCAGUGGUUCAAGCGGACGACGAAUUGCGAAGAACUCCGUCCGUCUCCGGAAGAUGUCGAGCUCAUGAAGCGUCUCAAUGCUUUCUUCCAGAAGGCUGAUAUCGACAGAAAACGGGUCAAGGCUGGUAUUGAUGAAAUGAGAAAACAGAAGGAAGAGUUGCGGAAGGCCAGAGAAGCUGCGGAGAGAAUGACCAGCGAGGCAUGA